AUGGGGCUUCUUUCAUAUAUUGGUAGUUUUUUUGAUAUAACUCCAAAUAAAGGAUUUUCAGAUCGUUAUGUACUUAUUACCGGAUGUGAUUCUAUUGUUGGUAAUUGGCUCGCAAAAGCUUUACAUAAAAGGGGCUAUUAUGUAUUUGUUGGAUGUCAGACAGAAGCAGCUUUCAAAGAAUUUAUUGCUAAUAUUUCUGCACCAAAUUUCCGACCUUUUUUACUUGAUAUAACGAAAGAUACAUCUCUUCAACAAUGUGCUAGAAUGGUGGAACAUGAAACAAAGGGUAAAGGUUUAUUUGCAUUAGUUAAUAAUGCAAGCUGUAACGAGGGCUUUGCUUUUGAGUUCACUUCUAAUGAUCAAAUCUUAAAAACAAUGGAAAUGAAUUUUAUGGGACCGAUUAAAGUGGUUAAAACUUUAUUACCAUAUCUAAGGCAAAAUAUUAAAUAUAAUCUAAGAAAACCACAAAAGGAACAAGAUAUUUCACCACGCAUUAUUAUGAUGACUUCAAUAUUGGGUAGAACUACUAUACCAUUUUAUGGAGCUUAUAGUGCGUCUAAACAUGCUUUAGAAGCUAUGCUUGAUACUAUCAGAGUUGAAUUAUUACCAUGGAAAAUUCAUAUUUCGAUGGUUGAAUCUGUUCCUUUGACGACAUCGAGUAGAUCAUCAAAUUCUGAUCUUAUGGAUAUCUCUAAAAACUUCUUUUCUUCUCCCGAGCUCACUAAACAAACACUUACUCUUUAUGGUGAAGACUACAUUCAAAAAGCUCUUGAAUUUUGGCAAAAACUUCCUUCUACUCACAACGAUGCCAAUAAAGAUAUUGUAAGAACUAUUGUCGAUGCUAUUGAAGUUGGAUUUCCUAAAGAUCGUUAUGUCGUUGGAACUGUUGCCAAAUUACAAAUUUUCAUGCAUAAUUUCCUACCCAGAUGGGUACUUGAUUUGGCUUGGGGUAGUUUUAUUAGAUUGUUUGGUGUUUGGCCAAAGGAAGUAAGGGAAUUGGAAGAGGGUCCAUCUGCCGAUCAUUUAUCUCAUACCUCAAUGACAAAUUAA